UAAAACAUAUUUCUACAUAUUCAAAGUGUCUCUUUCUUCUUAAGCCUGAGGCAUCUAAUAUCACAGUAUGAAUAAAUUAAGUAUCUACCUACUCCUUGACUUAGCCUUUUGCUAAUAUGCAUACGAUCUGCGACGCUCCUUGUAGUAUUUCGUUAUAGCGGUUGCUGCUUUUCGUUUUACUUCAAAUUAUUGGCUUAUUAAUUGAACUUGUGUGUGGUUUAUUUUUGGCCUGAAGUCGCGCAACCUCUUUUUCUUGUUCUUGAAAAAGAAGUGAAUAUGUUGGUGGAUAACUGGAUUUCGGUAGUUUGCGAAAAUGUGAAUGGUUUGUGGCUUAUUGUGUGUAAUAGGUUGAAUGUUUGAGAUACAUUUUUGGUAAAAAAGAAUAUGUGACGAUGAAGAAUUUUAAGAUCAAUAUAAAGGAUCCUAGCAGAAUUCAAAGUGCAAGAAAUCGUUUUCUGAAUUUAGUGAGUUGUUGGAAAACCAGUAAAGAUGAAACAAGUGUUGUUUUAAAGGAUUACAGAUCGUCGAAAGAAGAAUUUGCUAUAGAAGGUUGUGGGUCUCCACCAUCAACAGAAUACAUAUUUGACUUCUACGAAAACGUUUCAACAAAUAAUCAACAGAACAUUCCACUACAUUACGAACUCAUCAAGCUCAACCUUGUAGAGCUCACCAAAUUUAUUUCUGGAAAAAGUUCUUUCUUCGAUGAUAUCGACUGGCAAAUUAUUGGUAAUGAUAAUCUCGAAGGAAUAUUUAAGGAUGUCAGUGAAGCACAGUUGAACGUUUCUUUUCUAUGGAGCGCUUUCAUCCAGAGAUGGGAUUUAUUGGAAGGAUUUUUGAAAUUGGGAGCCUCAAUUGACUAUUAUGAACCUACCUAUGGACUUGGAGCUCUGCACCUCGCUGCUUUCAGCGGCUGUACAUUUGGUGUUGAAUAUCUCCUUUCUCAUAUUGGCAGCGAUCCAAAUGUGAUGUACAAAUGCUACACUCCGUUACAUUGCGCAGUCUUUGGCAAUAGUACCGAAACAGCAAAAAUACUAUUAAAAAAAGGAGCUCAUAUUAAUUUGUUAACUAAUGAUCUCCAGAACAGUAUUGAAAGUGUACUUCAUUGUGCAGUCAGAGCCAAUGCAGUUGACUGUUUGAAGUUGCUCUGUGACGAAGGUGCUAAUGUAAUGCAACAAGAUGCUGCAGGAAAAACAUCAAUACAUUUAGCUUCGGAAUUGGGAUGUAAUGAAUGCUUAACAAUUUUAAUUAAACAAAGGGGUGCUGACGUAAAUGUUAUAACAAAGGACAAACAACAAACACCUCUUCAUCUGGGAGCUGAGAAUAAGAACUUUAAUUGCAUCAGUAUUUUAUUGGAAAAUAAUGCUAGUCCGGAUCUUUUGAAUUACAAAGAGCAGACAGCACUUCACUUGGCAGCUAAAGCUCAUGCGUACAAAUGUGUGAAGCUAUUAUUGAAAGAAGCUCUAGCUGAUCCAAAUGCGGUUGAUGUCGAUCAACGUACUCCUCUACAUUCUGCAGCAUGCAAAUCUAGCAAGCCUACCUGUGAAACGAUCAAAAUACUCUUAAUGUAUGGUGCAAAAAUAAAUUCAAGAGACCGCAACGACUGUACACCUCUUCAUCUGGCCAUCCUCAACGAAGCCCCAGAGUGUGUCAACUCUCUGAUAUUAUGUGGUGCCGACUUGACAGCGAAGUUAUCAGGUCACACCGCCUUAGGAAUGAUUUGCAGAAAAACACCCAUGUGCGUAGACACCAUCAGAAAGAAAAUGGACGAAUCUGUCACCUUCAGCAACCAGAAGACUUGCAAAGAAAUUGAAGUGCGCAUGGACUUUACGCCGAUAUUACAACAUUGUUAUCCUAGAGAGACUACUUUCUUGUUUAACCUGAUCGAGGAGAACCAGAAAGAACUACUAGUACAUCCUCUUUGCACUGCUUUCUUAUUUCUUAAAUGGAAGAAAAUCAGAAAGUAUUAUAUUUCACGAGCAAUAUACUACUUUCUUUUUGUCGUGAUGCUGUCAUCUUAUAUAAUGACAGGGCUAGCUUAUAAUUGCUACAAUUUUAGCAAGAAUAUUACAGAUCCUGAGGUUAACGACUCUAAGAAAGUAUGCUUCAAAAACCCACUGCUGGCUAGUUUAAUAAGCCAAUACCCUAGAGUCAUCGAGAUUCAGUGGUAUAUUUUGCUCAUACUUUGUAGUGGUAUUUUAGUUCGAAAAAUUUGUGGGUUAACAGGAUAUUCAUCCUUAUAUCAGUAUUUUUCUCGCAUGGAAAACUUCUUCGAUUGGAGCAUAAUUUUAAGUGUAUUUCUGGUAUCUUUCGUUUACACCGGUAGAACUUACGAGUGGCAAAAUCACAUCAGUGCUUUUGCUGUGCUUCUGGCUUGGAGCAACCUAAUGAUUACUUUAGGGCAACUGCCAAUAUUCGGACCUUAUGUUUGUAUGUAUAUUUCUGUACAAAGUGAAUUUACAAAAGUGUUUUCGAUAUUUUCCUGCCUACUCGUUGGUUUUACUAUUAGUUUCUGUAUUAUAUUCCCGGAAUCUCAGAAUUUUUCCAAUUUUUUCAACGGUUUUAUAACUGUCUUGGCAAUGUCCAUAGGAGAGCUCGAUUUAGAUCUGAUCAUAGAAAAGAACGAUCCCUAUGAGCUAGAAGGAAGUACUCAAGUUGUUUAUACCUUGUUUAUACUAUGCGUCACUAUAAUAUUAUUGAAUCUGCUUCUUGGUAUCGCUGUUCACGAUAUUCAUGGUCUGCAGAGAACAGCAAAACUUAGUAAACUAGUAAGACAAACCAAAUUAAUGGCGCACAUAGAAAAUGCUAUGUCCAGUAAACUGUUCAGUAAGAGAUUUAUAUCAGUAAUACUUCAAUCGACUACUUUGGUGUCUUCAAAUGCACAUGGAGUGCUUUACGUUAAACCGUUGAAUCCCCGUGAAAAGAGAUUGCCUAAAGAUAUACUGCUGGAUGUUUAUGAAUUAGCCAAGAAACAUAACAAGAAAAAUAGGCAUUUUUUGACGCAUCCUAAUAAACGAAAAGUUGAUGAAAAUGAUAAAUUAAAAGAUAAACAAAUAGUUGCUAAAAAUAGACAAACUAAUAUUAGGGAUGAAUUAGAUGCAAUUAAAUGUGAUAUAAAAGAUUUAGUUAAUGAUAUGAGUGAUAUUAAGAAUAUGUUAGAAGCAAAUCAUAAAAUGAUGGUCACUAUAUUAAAUAAAAUGAACGAUAACAGAAUGUGAUAACUCCACAAAACAUGGAAAAAAUGUUUGCAAUGACUUGCAUGAAACAUUACUGUAAGUAUAACUUUUCAGAACUAUUAAAGAAUCUUCUUUGGUCCAAAAUUUAUCAAUUGUCAAAGGUAUCCACCUUUAGCAAUUGAUACACUUUCAGCUAUGAUGCAAAAAUAAAUUGAAGAGUCCUCAACGACUUUCGUCUGGCCAUCCUCAACGAAGCCCCAGAAUGUGUCAACACUCUAAUAUUAUGUGGUGCCGACUUGACAGCGAAGUGAUCUGGCCACAUCGCCUUAGGAAUGAUUUGUAGAAAAACACCCAUGUGCGUAGACACCAUCAGAAAGAAAAUGGACGAAUCUGUUACUUUCAGAAGACUUGCAAGGAGAUUGAAGUCCGCAUGGACUUUACGCCAAUAUUACAACAUUGUUAUCCAAGAGAGACUACUUUUUUGUUUAACCUGAUCGAGGAGAACCAGAAAGAAUUACUAGUACACCCUCUUUGCACUGCUUUCUUAUUUCUUAAAUGGAAGAAAAUCAGGAAGUAUUAUAUUUCGAGAGCAAUAUACUACUUUCUUUUUGUCGUGAUGCUGUCAUCGUAUAUUAUGAUGGGGUUAGCUUAUAACUGCUACAAUUUUAGCAAGAAUAUUACAGAUCCUGAGGUUAACGACUCUAAGAAAGUAUGCUUCAAAAACCCACUGCUGGCUAGUUUAAUAAACCAAUACCCUAGAGUCAUCGAGAUUCAGUGGUAUAUUCUGCUGAUACUUUGUAGUGGUAUUUUAGUUCGAAAUAUUUGUGGGUUAACAGGAUUGGGUUAACAAGAAAAAUAGGCAUUUUUUGACGCAUCCUAAUAAACGAAAAGUUGAUGAAAAUGAUAAAUUAAUAGAUAAACAAAUAGUUUCAAAAAAUAGACAAACUAAUAUUAGGGAUGAAUUAGAUGUAAUUAAAUGUGAGUGAUAUUAAGAGUAUGUUAGAAGCAAAUCAUAAGAUGAUGGUCACUAUACUAAAUAAAAUGAACGAUAACAGAAUGUGAUAACACCACAAAACAGGGUAAAAAUGUUUGCAAUGACUUGCAUGAAACAUU